AACCAGCUGCCUCUGACAGCUUCCUCUCUGGUCAAGCCCUGCCUCUGUACAGCCCAGAGUGGGCAGCUGAGGCUGCAGGCACAGCCCAGAGCCCAGGAUGGAACCCCGGCCAGGGCCUGAGGCUGCUGCCCUCUGCCUGGGCUGGCUGGUCCUAUUGCUGUUGUGGAUCUCAGCCCCGAGCUGUUCUUUCUCCUCGCCAGCUUCUCCCCCUCCUUCUCCGGUGCCCCGAGUCCGAACCAGCUACAAUUUGGGAAGGACAUUCCUCGGUCUUGAUAAAUGCAAUGCCUGCAUCGGGACAUCUAUUUGCAAGAAGUUCUUUAAAGAAGAAAUAAGGUUUGACAACACACUGGCUUCCCACCAUGGACUGCCUCCUGGUGACUUGCCUUCUUACUCUGCAAAUUACUCAGAUGAUUCCAAAACCUGGCGCCCUGUGGAGAUCUUUAGGCUGGCCAGCAAAUACCAAAAUGAGAUCUCAGACAGGAGAAUCUGUGCAUCGGUAUCAGCCCCAAAGACCUGCAGCAUUGAGCGUGUCUUGCGGAAAACAGGGAGAUUCCAGAAAUGGCUGCAAGCCAAGCGCCUCACUCCAGACCUGGUGCAGGGACUACCCAGCCCCCUCCUGCGCUGCCCUUCACAGAGACUCCUGGACCGUGUGGUCCGGCGCUAUGCUGAGGUGGCUGAUGCUGGCAGCAUCUUCAUGGACCACUUUACCGACCGUGACAAGCUGCGUCUGCUCUACACACUCGCCGUCAAUGCUCACCCCAUCCUCCUACAGAUCUUCCCUGGGGCUGAGGGAUGGCCGCUGCCCAAGUACCUGGGCUCCUGUGGCAGAUUCCUUGUCAGCACCAGUACCAGACCACUACAGGAAUUCUACGGUGCACCCCCAGACCAGGCAGCUGACCUCGCCUACCAGCUUCUUGGUGUCCUGGAGUCCCUGAGGAGCAACGAUUUGAACUAUUUCUUCUACUUCACCCAUGUCGAUGCAGGCAUGUUUGGCAUCUUUAACAACGGGCAUCUGUUCAUCCGGGAUGCCAGCGCACUGGGCGUCAUCGACAAGCAGGAAGGCAGCCAAGCAGCCACCAGAGCAGGAGAAGAUAAAGACAUUUUUAGCUGUCUGGUUUCUGGCUGCCAAGCCCAGCUGCCCUCCUGCAAUAUGGUUCCUGAGAAGCAGAGCCUUGUGCUGGUCUGUCAGCAGUUGCUGCCUCGACUUCUCCAGGGGAAGUUCCCCUCCCCUGUGCAAGAGGAGAUAGACAAUGCUCUUGCUCAGUGUGGCAAGGGUGCCAGCCCCGAUCCAGAAGUCCUUGGGGCUGCCACUCGGCUGAAGGACAUCUUGAGGCUCCUGAGAACCUGUGAUCCCAGAUUUGCCUACCGCUACCCAGACUGCAAGUACAAUGAUAAGUUCUGAGGAGCUGGAUUCUAGCUGACUAGAGGGGACAACACACUUGGCUGCCAGGUCAAACAAAGCAUCUCUAUGUUAAACAUUAGUAGAAAUGCAUGUUCAUUUCCCAGGAGCUAAAGAACACUCAACUCAGGAGGGCAGUUGUGAAAAAUGUGAUUGCCCCUCCUGGCUGGGACGUCAUGGCAGAGCCCAGGAUGGGUAUCAGAAAACCUGGGUUUGGACACUUACUCCAUGUCUUUGAACCUCAGUUUCCUCUGUUCCCCACCAGAGUUUGAUAAGGGUGAAAGAAGAGAUGUGAGAGGUCUGGGACACACAUGCUCACUACCCCCAGCCCAGGUGAUGACAAAGUAUGUUCCAGAAACACACACAGGUGGACUGAGUGAGAAAGAGUUAUGCAAGUCAGGCUGGCAUGGAGAGAAGGCAGGAUGAAGGUGAGGCUCUGGACUACCAGAAUUUUAGAUUUGUACAAGGGGACCGACUUCCUGCUCCCUUUUCCUCCUACUGUGCUUCCCACACCACUGUGGGGGAGGAGACUGCGGGCCAAGGGGACAUGCCCACCAUUGCCUGCUCCUGAGUCAUACUUUGGGUGCCUGGAACUCCCUACUCCUACAUAGGAGGUACCACAUGGUGUGGGGAGGAGCCAAGACUAAGAAGAGAAGGGGACAGGCAGGCCAAUGUGUUAGUCCCAUUCCUCUAAGUAGGUAUCAGGACAGAAUUCUAUGGGUGAGAACUUUCUUAGGGAAAGUGCCUGUGGGAAAGGCAAGAGGAGGAAGCAAAGAACUGAGGGGACUGUCAAGUCAUGCUGCAGUAUGACCCCCAGAAAUGGAGAGAAGGCCAUUGAAGAAAGGUUGUCAGGGCAUCCUCGCGACCAAGUCAGUCACUAGACAAAUCCCGCGUCUCCCACGAAUGGACCCCUCCUUAGUACCUCUGCAUACUCAGUCACUGGCAGAAGCAGGCUAUGAAUGUGUAACCUCAGUCCAACCACAAAGAUGGACUUCACAGCACAGCAGCUGGGGUACCACGUGGGUACUGCUUUCUAGAACAUUUUCAACAUAGCCACAACUGGGAACCAGAGUGAGCUGUCUCCACACUAUGUGCUCCAGAGCACAACUCUAAGGAGUCAGAAUUUUCAUUCAAACUUGGCCUCACAAGCCAUUAUAAAAUUAUUUUUUUUCUAAAUCAGCCAAUGGAACACAGUUUACUCAACAGUUAGUUCACUUUAUUAUACCUUUUAAAUUGAGCAUUUAGCCACAUGAGAUGUGGACCUCCAUGUAUGCAAAAGUAGUAGGGUUCUUCUAGGCCUUCUCCCAGCCUCCCUGCCAGCCUUCUACCCCCAGGGACCUUUCAGUCUACCUCCUCUUUUCUACCUCUGAAUCAGCAUCUUUAAAGUCAGAAGACUUGGCUUAACAUGACUCACUAUGCAGAUGGAGAAACUGAGGCCCUGGGAGGAAGAGUGAUUUGCUGGGAAAGUUCCAGAAUCCCUGCUACCAACCCAUGCCUUCUUGCAUUCCCCAUCAACCUCUGACUCUCACCCUGUGCUAUUCAAAUCUAGUUCUUUCACUUACAUUUAAAGAUGGGCCCCAAAAGUCUUAUUUUGUCAUGUGCUAUGUUGCCCUUUGGGUUUGCCAUCUGACUGCUCCAGACACAGCCACAUGGCAACCAUGAUAGUGAGGAUGACAGGCCAAGCUUGUGGAAGAAUGGGCUUCAGUCGCCUGAGAAUCUGAAAUGACUGCCUUUCAGCUUGUUCUGGAGGGUCAAGUCUGACCACCCUUCCCACCUGUGCAGCCACAGUCCCUUCUCCCUGCUGACCUGAGUGCACUGUGCCCUCCUAGCCAUUAUCCUGUCCAGAGUCCAGGAAAAGGGUCACAGCCUCCAGACACUUCAGAAUUCCACUGACGAAUAAGGGUGGCCACAGAGACCCUCCAACACCCACCCACCUCUCUAGUUGCAGGAGUUUUCCAUUGCAAAAUGCUUCCAUAUGAUGAGUGACUUUUAGUGAGGUCCCCAGAGAAUACAGAAAUGGACCCUUUCAUGGGGGGUGAAGGAAACCUUCCUCUAACCCCUCUAUCAUAUAUCUGCCCACCUGCACAGACCUCCAGACCUUUCCUUCAGACCAGUCUCUUGAGACUCCGAAGAAUUUCCCUUUGAAACCAUCAUGUAACCCUUGGAGCUGCUGAAUCUUAGACAAUACAGACUCAGAUCCCUCCUGAAUUAGGAGAAAGAGAUCUUGGUGCCCUGCUUGACUGAGUCCCAGGAGGGAGCAAAGAAAAAAACCACCCAAACACCCUCAGGGGGCUGUUGAGAGAUUGUUUUAAGUACAAAUUAUAAUCAAACUCUGUAUUUGUGCAGCUGUGUUCACAUCCGCAGUACAAGCCAAGAGCUAAUGAAGGCAGGACAGAUAGAUAUUACACAGAAGCUAUGUAUGCUUUAGAAUGGCCUAGAAAUGGUUUUCCAACAAGUGAAUUUUUGCAGGUUCAGGAGGUCACAGAGUCCCUUUUCUCAUAUGCUUUCAGGACAGAGCAGAUGUGUUGCUCUUGUCAACAUGCCUAAAAAUCACAGGCCCCACUCAGGCAUUGCCUUCAGGAGAUAUGUCCCACACUCUCCCUAUGCCACUGCAGACCAUCUCUGUCACUCCCUCCCUGUAGCAAACACAGAGCAGAGUUGUCCAGUUCCCCUCCCUACUUCAAGGAACAAAUGUCUGCCUAUCUGUUGACCCUUUUUGGCUCUAUCUCAACUGCCCUGCAACUUCAUUCAAGGUUACACCCUUCCUAAGGCAUAAUCCAUAUCCAGUGACUGGGCUUGCUGAGAUGUGAUAGCACAGCCAUGUUGGUUCACUGAGCAGCCACUCUGACAGGCAAUUCUCAUUCCAAAACUCUCCACUGAGCUAGCCAAGAUUCUACUGAGCCUAUGUCACAGUCUAACUUCCCUCUGCCCAUCCUGAUUCCUCUGUAUUCUUUUAACAGGUGUCCAUCCCUCUUAAACAUCUUAUACCCUGUAGUGGCUGAAUGGUGGCCCCCAGAAAGAUAUGUCCACACAUUUUAGCUAGCAAAGAUUUUUUUCCCAUUCUGUGGGUUUUAUCUUCACAUUCCUAAUUGUUUCCUUUGCUGUGCAGAAGGCUUUUAAUUUGAUACUGUACCACUUAUUAACUCUUGACAUCAUAUUUCUUCAGCUAUAGGGGUCAUAUUGAGAAAGUUGUUCCUGUGCCUAAAAGCUGGAGUGUGGAACCUAUGUUUUCUUCUAGGAGUUGCAUAAUUUCUGGUCUAAUUCUGAGGUUUCAAUCCAUUUUUAGUUGAUUUUUCCUAAUCCCAAGAACCUGUGAUGGUCACUAUACAUGGGAAAAUAUGUGAUUAAAUUAAGGAUCUUGAAAGGAGGGGAUUAUCUCAGAUUAUCCAGUUAGACCCUAAAUGCCAUCCCAUGUAAUCUUAUAAAAGAGAGGCAAAGGGAAUUUUGAUACAGAAGAGGAGGGGCAGUGUGAAGAUGGAGGCCAAGGCUGGGGCAAUAUGACCACAAGUCAAGGAACUCUAGCAGCCACCAGAAGAAGAGGCAAGGAAUAGAUUUGCCUCCAGAAUCUCCAGAGGAAGUGAGGUCCUGCUGGCACCUUGAUUUAAGCUCAGUGAAACUGAUUUCAGAUUUCUGACCUCCAGAAUUGUGAGAGAAUAAAUUUCCAUUGUUUUGAGCCACCCAUCUUGCAGUAAUUUGUUAUAGCACCAACAGGAAACCAACAUAAACCCCCAAAUCCAUCUUCGUGUCUGCUUCCAGAGAACUCAACCUACAACGCUCUUCAAUUCCAACCUAGUGUCAUUGAUUCAAAUGCAAAUCAAGAACACUCAGUGUCAAACAUAAGGAAAAUUUGGGGGAGUAUGUGAUGCAUUCAUAUUCAGGGUUGAGGGCUAUCUUCUCCCACUUACAAACCAAUGUUCACUUGAAGACCCUAUGUGGGUCCUACCUUGACCCAAAGCCUUCCCUGACAGAUCAGCCCUGAAAGGUCACUUUCUGAACCUCAUCUCAACUCCUGGACCACAGUUCUAUGUCCCACUUGGGACUAAUCCCAAGAGUAUACCAGAAAGAUCUGUGUCCCACCCUCUCAUCCAACUAGAAGCUUCCUGAACAUGAUGGUGAUGUGGAGCACUUAAUAUUCUCCAUAGCAACACAGGGCUAGACAAAGCAGAUGCUUGGAAAAUGUUCUUACUGAGGACAAUAACUGUGUUCUUCUGCUCUAUUGGCGUGGUGGUAUUCGUACACCAUACUGGCCAUACUGGAUGGAGCCACUUCCCCAGGAACAGUGCAUUCCCCCCAACAGCUAGGAGACAGGUGAGUCAACACUCAAGUGACUUCAGUCAGAACAAAAGUAUCAUCAUGUAUUCUCAGUCCCCUGGAAUUUUAUAGACAAAAUUAGAGUAUCUUUCUGGGUUAGAUCAGUCAAUGCCUUUUAGCCUACAGAACUGGUUACAUGAUUUGUUGGGCCCAGAGCAAAAUGAAAAUGCAAGGUCCCCUAUUCAAAAAUAAUAAUUGCAAGAUAAGACAAUAGAGCAUGAAGUUAAACUCAGACUCUCUAAACACAGGUUUCAGGCUUACACUGGGCAUUGAGUGCUCUUGGCAUUUUCUGGGAUCUCAUCUGACUUCCACACUCCAGGGGAGCAGGCAUGGGACCUCAGGUGAUGUAUAAAAUAUGUAACAACUACCAUGGCAAAGACCUAUGAGAACAGACUCUACUGGCUGCAGCCAUCAGGAGGUCUCACCACAACCCCAGGG